AUGACGAUUACAAGAUUAGAAUUACUGGCGAUGAUCAUAGGAGUUCGUUGCAUUGAAUUUGUGAGAAAAGAGCUUAAAUUAGAAAUAGAAGAAACUUACUUGUUCACGGACUCGCAAUGUGCAUUGAAAUGGACAGAAACAGAAAAGGCGUUACCCGUAUUUAUCAAGAACAGAGUUAAAGAAAUAAAAAGUCACGGUGACAUUUCGUUUAGAUACGUAUCUACAAAGGAAAAUCCAGCAGACGUAGCAAGUAGAGGAGUUACAAUGGAUCAGCUACAAAACAACCAACUAUGGUGGCAUGGUUCUAGUUGGUUAUCGAAACCGAAAAACGAAUGGAAAAUUGACGAAAAUUUUGUGAUAGCGGAAUCAAAAUUUGAAAAUACUGAGCAAGAUGUAGAAACGAAGAAAAAUGAACCAUUGUUAAAAUCUGAAGAGGCGCCUGCUUUAGGUUCAGACAAUAAUUCUCCAUGCGGAAUUAAAAGUGAAAAGUACUCAUCUGCAAUCAAGCUGUUCAGAGUUACAGCCCUUGACUUACGUUUUAUCAAAAGGAUAAAGAAACAGAAAUGUGAAACUGAAUCGAUUGCAAGUGAUGAAUUGUUACUUGCCGAAAAUUUGUGGAUAUUGCAUUUACAGAGAAAGUGCUAUCAAGAUGUGCACGAGUCGAUAACAAACGGUAAAAAAUGUACCAUAAAGCAACAGCUUGGAGUAUUCAUAGAUAAAAAUGGUCUGCUUAGAUGCAGAGGCAGGCUUGAAAACGCAAAUAUUAGCGAUGCAGAUAGAUAUCCUAUCCUUUUACCAAAGAAAGAUCAUAUUACACGUUUAAUCAUAGAACGCGAUCAUAAACAGCAACUUCAUAGUGGAUUAUCUCAAACGUUGAGUGCUGUGAGAUAUAAAUUCUGGAUUCCCAGUGGGCGUGCUACUGUGGGCAGUGUGUUACGACAAUGCAUACUGUGUCGGAAAAUCGAGGGCGGUGCGCACAAGAUGCCGUCAAUGCCCCCGUUUCCAAAGGGACGUGUUACGGAGGCGGUCGCGUUUGAAAGGACAGGUCUUGAUUAUCUGGGACCCCUCUACAUGAAGACCUCUGGGGAAUAUAGAAAGCGAGCCCCCUGGUAUGGAGGUUACUGGGAAAGACUUGUGGGACUUGUUAAACGAUCAUUACGCAAAUCUCUGGGACAUAGAUCAUUGACUGAUAUUCAGUUACAGACUGUUAUCAAAGAAAUAGAAAGUGUCAUCAAUUCUAGACCACUUUUAUAUGUGGAUGAUGAUAUAAAUUCUAACAUUACGUUAACACCAGGACAUUUUCUGACACUGAACCCACGUACGGGCAUACCUGAAGCGGAUUACGAUGAUAAUGAUCCAGAUUACAAACCAUACGAAAGUUCAACGAAAAAAUUGUUAAAAUUGUGGAAUAAGGGACAAAAACUUUUGAAUAAUUUUUGGGAAAUUUGGAAAAAAGAAUACCUCAUAAGCCUUCGUGAAAGGACACAGUCGGAAUUAAAAUCACACAGAGUGCAGUCAAGUUUUAAACCUAGUGUUGGCGACGUAGUUCUGAUUAAAGACGAUUUGCCACGGGGAUUAUGGAAAAUGGGAAAGGUGAUUAAACUAAUAAUGUCGAAUGAUGGACAAUACCGAUCAGCCAAAGUAAAUUUGUCAAACGGUAGAACAAUUGGUAGAACACUAAACCAUUUAUAUCCAGUCGAGGUCUCCGAUGACCAUAAUUCAGUGGAACAAACGAAAUUAUCAAAACCAGUACUAAAAACAUCCAAACAGACAGAACAAACGCGUCCCAAGCGAAAAACAGCGAUUAUUUCAAGCAAAAGAAUAAAGGAAUUAAUUGCUAAUAAACUGAUUAGUUAA